AUGAAUACAACAACUUCAUCAUCAUCAAAUAAUACAACAGCACAACAAGCAAAUAGCGGAAAUGGAAAUAUAGGAGGAACAGCCCUAUAUAAUAAUAAUACGGCUGGUGUAAGACCACCACCACCACCACCAUCAUCAUCAUCAUCAUCAUCAUCACAAACUAAUAAAUCACAUACUAAUAAUAAUCAUCACCACCAUCACCACCAUCAUCAUCAUAAAAGAGAUAUAUCGACAUCAUCAUCACAAAAUAGUAUAAAUAAUAGUAAUAGUAAUAAUAGUAAUAGUAGUAAUAAUAAUAUAAAUAAAGAUCCGAUUAAUAGUAAAAUAUCAGAAUUUCAAUGUAAAUUAAAAUUUCAAAAUUCAUUACCAGAGAUACCAUUUGAACCAAAAUUUUUAAAGUUAUCAUCAGAUUUUCAAAGAUUUACACAAUAUAAAACCACAUCAUUAGAACGUCAAUAUAAACAUCCAUUACUUACGGAACCACAAUUGGGUAUACCAAUUGACUUGAUUGAUCCGUCAGUUUACAAUACACCAAAAUCACCCAUUCAAGUACCACCAGGUGAUGAACCAUUAUUAAAACCAUUAUCACAACAAGAUUUGGAAGAGAAGAAUUCAUCAGCAAUAUUUAAAAAGAAAUCAGAGAUUAGACCAAACGUUGGUUGGCUUAGAAGAACAGAAUAUCUAUCAAAGAGUGAUGAGAAUACAUUUGGUAGACCCACCAAACGUAUUAGUACAAGUGGUGAAUUGUUAACAUCAUCAUCAUCCGGUUCCAACACACCAAACAAUAAACAGUUAUCAUUGGCUCAAGAACAGUUGAGUGAUAGUGUAUUGGUUGAAAACACAUUUGAUAUUUGUGCAUCGGAUUAUCAAUUCGUCCAUCCAACCAAUCCAUCACUUAAACCAGUUAGUGUUUUACAAGUUUUCCCAGAUUUCGAUCUUUGGGCAAACUCAUUCACCGAGGUAACUUUUGAUAGUGACCCAUUGGAUCAUUUCUUACCAAAAGAUUUACGUUCUGAUAAAGUUCAAGAAUAUGCUUCACGUCAUAAUGAAGUUAGAAAUAAAGCAAUCGUAAAAGGUAUCACUGAUAAAUUUGUUUACUUUAUCACACCAGAUCUAAAGGAAAACUAUGAUGUAAACAAUAACAAUGAUUUUGAAAUCGAUGAUUCACAAUAUAAAAUGCAAAAAGUACUCACAUCUGAUAUCAUCACUGAUGCCACCUCUCAAAAUUACUUUUUCCUUGUUAAAAAUGAUGCCGUUUAUUAUAAUCCACUCAAGAAUCGUGUCAAUCUUAAGAAAAUCAAAUCAAAAGAUGAUAAACUUUUAGUUAGAACUAAAAUUGGUCGUCCUGAAUCAAUCACCUAUAAAAAGAGACCACAAAAUUCUAAAGAAUUAGAUGCAAAAGAAAUCAUUAUAAAUGAUUUAUUACAAGAAGAAAAAGCUCCAUUUUCAAAUAAAAAAUUAAAAAGAUCAAAUAAAUUAUCUGAUGAUGAAGAUAUUUAA